AUGUCUUCAUUUUUUAAUCCACCCGAUCAGCCCAAAGAGGGGAUUGUGCUUGGGAACAAUGCCCCAUCUGACACAGAUAGUCACAGUCGUCCACAGUCUAAGGGCAAAGCUUCCUCGAAAGCGGCGAGUGAGAAGAGCACUUUGAUUGAGGAAUCAAGAAAUUCCAACGCUUCCAGGAAUUCCAAUAUACGAGCCGAAGAUACCCAGAAGGAGAUUGCCAAUGGUACUACCAAUACGACUGCCAAGGAUGAAUCCUCUAAGGAGGUGAAGCCCAACGAAGACUCCAACAAGGAACCUGCAUCAAAGGACAAUGCAGAGAAGGAGGUCAAAGACGGAGAAAAUAAAUCAGACAGCGAUGUUGACGGCGAGAAGACUCAAGAGCCCGAAAUCGAAUAUCCAUCGGCCUGGAAGCUCGUCCUCAUUACCAUUGCGCUUUGUUUCUGUGUGUUCUGCGUGGCAUUGGACAACACCAUCAUUGCAACUGCCAUCCCUAAGAUUACCGAUCAAUUCAACUCCCUCGAAGACGUCGGCUGGUAUGGAAGUUCCUACUUGCUCACCACUUGCGCUGUCACCUUGAUGUUCGGAAAAUUCUACACCUACUACUCCAUCAAAUGGAUCUACCUCGCCGCCCUUUCCAUCUUCGAGAUCGGUUCCCUCGUCUGUGCCACUACACCUACCUCUGUCGGUCUGAUCUGUGGUCGAGCCAUUGCUGGUCUCGGUGCUGCCGGUCUUUUCUCUGGUUCUAUCUUGAUCAUCGGCCAGACUGUUCCUCUUGACAAACGACCAAUGUAUACCAGUCUCAUUGGUGCUAUGUUCGGUAUUGCAAAUGUCGCUGGUCCUCUCUUGGGUGGUGCCUUCACUGAUCGACUCUCCUGGCGCUGGUGUUUCUACAUCAAUCUGCCCAUUGGAGCCGUGACUUUCCUCUUCAUCAUCGCCUUCCUCCCUGCCAACAAGGCAUUGAAGCAAAGAGGUCACUGGAAGCAACAACUGGGCGAAUUUGACCUCCUCGGCUCCCUCUUCUUCCUUCCCUCCAUCAUCUGUCUUCUGUUGGCACUACAGUGGGGUGGUACCAAAUACGCCUGGGAAAAUGGCCGCGUCAUUGCGCUCUUCGUCGUUUUCGGUAUUCUUUUCAUCGUCUUCGCCGUGAUUCAAUGGUGGGGACAGGACCGCGCAACUGUUCCCCCGCGUCUCAUCAAGAACCGAAACAUCUGGGGUGCAGCAUGGUACUCAUGUGCUCUUGGUGGUGCAUACUUUGUUCUGACCUACUAUCUCCCAAUCUGGUUCCAAGCUAUCAAAGGCGCAACAGCAAUCAAAUCCGGCAUCAUGAAUCUCCCCAUGAUCAUCGCCGUGGUCGUCGUUUCUCUUCUCGCUGGCGGCCUCGUCACGGCCUGUGGCUACUACACUCCGUUCAUGAUCGCCUCAUCAAUCAUCAUGACUAUCGGUGCCGGCCUUCUCACUACAUUGGAAGUUGAUUCCGGCCACCCCAAGUGGAUCGGCUACCAAGCGCUCUUCGGCAUUGGCCUUGGCCUAGGAAUGCAACAACCGAUGAUGGUCAUGCAAACGGCGCUGGACCCCAUGGACGUCCCGAGUGGCACUGCCAUUGUCAUGUUCUCGCAAACCCUCGGUGGCGCCAUCUUCGUCUCGGUCGGACAAAACGUGUUUCAAAACCAGCUUUUCCAGAACCUUGCGCACUAUGCACCUGAUGCCCCUGCCGCGCAACUAAUCUCUGCUGGUGCGACCAUGCUGCGUACUCUUGUCCACGGUGAUGAAUUGCACCGCGUGCUUGUCGCGUACAAUGAGGCUAUCAUGCAGACUUUCUAUGUGUCUGUUGCCAUGGGUGCUUUGACGCUUGUCGGUCCGAUCUUCGUGGAGUGGCUCUCUGUUAAGGGGAAGAAGAUUGAGAUGCCCGCUGCUUGA